AUGGAGAUCAAUCAUUCCCUUGUCCCAACCGGUUUCCGCUUCAAACCCACCGAUCAAGAACUCAUCGGUCGCUUCCUUCGCUACUUUUUGGUGGAGACGCGGCGGCUACUGCCCCCGCCACCGCACCACACCUUCAUGCACAAGUGCAACCUCUUCGGCAACCACUCAGAACCCUCUGAGAUUUGGGAGGCCUUCGGAGGAGGAGGAGCACUUCAACUUGCUGCUGCUGAUCAACCCGCCUUGUACUUCUUCUCUGAGCUCACGAAGAAAAACCCCAAGGGUUCGAACAUCAUGCGAAAGAUGGGAAGAAGCGGAGGUAACUGGGACGGCAAGGCAGUCCCCGCAUGGGUUGAGGGGACUGACGGAACUUCUACCUGUAUUGGACUAAAAAGAACCUUCUCCUACAAGAAUGUAGGCUCAGAGGACCAUGGCGCGUGGUUACUAGAUGAAUACAGUCUCUUUGCGGCUCCAAGGAAGCGCAAGAGCCAUACAAGUUACGAUUUUGAUUACGUGCUUUGCCGGUUGAGGAAGACGUGCCCGAGUUCAUCAUCAUCAGAGGAUGAUCAAGUGACCGCUUCAACGAAGAACGGCAUUAACAAGAGAAAGUGUCCGACUUCACCAUCAUUCGAGGAUCAAGUGACCACUUCAAACAAGAGGAAGAAGAAGCAGCGUGCAAACGAAGAGAUCAAAAGUGAUGAUGAUCAAGAAGCAGGAUCAAAACAAAACAUAAAUCUGAUCGAUGUUGUUGAGGAGGAAGAAGGACAAGGCAAUUCUUGUCUAACAAGUAAUGAUCCGAGAUUGACCAUCACGGUUGCCGAAUCAAACGAAAUAGUAGAUAGAGCGCCGACCGAUGGAGCAGUAGCAGAGGAAGUGCUUUCCCCAACAGCUUUUGCCUUAAAGCAAUUUUUACUUUCUGAACCCGAGGAAGUGCUUAUGCCAACUGCUUCUGAGGUCGCUGGUGAUGAAGAGUUGAGGAAUUAUAUGCUGAACUCAAAGAAGUGUUGCAUCCAAGUAUGGAUGAUUGCUGGGAUCGUCUCCAACUGCAGUCAUUAG